AUGGGUUCACGUGCAUGUGGACAAAAACCAGACAAAGAUGAUCGAGAAACUGAUCCAAUUAAAUAUUGUAUUGCAUCACGUGUUUAUUUUGAAUGUGUUCAUAAAAAAUAUCGUGGUUGCGAAAAUAAAGAAAAAUAUGAAGUAGCUAUGGAGUCAAUGAUGAGAGGUAUUCGAAAACGUGUCGAUGAUCUCUUAGCUUUUUGUAGUGAUAAAAUUGAAAAUUAUAAAUUUAAGAUCAUCUGGGAAUCUCCAAAACCAGUUGAACCUACGGAUUCUAUUCGUGCUGGUGUAUCACCAAAAAAUGGUAUUCGUAGUCUAUCACCUAUACACAUAGAUAUAUCAAAUGAUAUUUGUCAAAUACAAUCAAUCAAUGAUCUAUGUCAACCAUUGAUGAUUAGUGUGAAAUUUAAUCCAUCAUGGAGUAGUGCUAAUAAACGUCGUUGGUGUCAACAAGCAAGAACUUAUUAUCAUUGUUUAAAAUCUCGUCUUGAUAAAUGUUCUCAACAAGAUGUACAAAAUCAUUUUCAACAACGUGAAAAUCUACUUUCUUCAAAUAUAAAUAUUAGUUGUCCUGGUGGUGUAGUUGGAUGUAUACCACAUUCACCAGAUGUACGUUGUCAAAUUGGUAUGAAUUCAUCAAAUAAAAAUUCAUCAAUAUUUUGGUUUACUUAUUUUUUUGUUCAAUCGGUACUACAAAUACUAUUCUUGUUUUAA